AUGACUGACUCAGGGAACAGACACGGGCUGCUGGUCCCGAGCAGCACGACAGACCAGGAGCUGCAGCACAUCCGGAACAGCCUCCCGGACUCGGUGCGGAUCCAGCGGGUGGAGGAGCGGCUCUCGGCCCUGGGCAACGUCACCACCUGCAACGACUACGUGGCCCUGGUGCACCCCGACCUGGACAGGGAGACAGAGGAGAUCUUGGCAGAUGUGCUGAAGGUGGAGGUUUUCAGGCAAACGGUUGCAGAUCAGGUGCUGGUGGGAAGUUACUGUGUUUUUAGUAACCAGGGAGGACUCGUGCACCCCAAAACUUCAAUAGAUGACCAGGAUGAACUGUCCUCACUGCUCCAGGUCCCACUUGUGGCGGGGACGGUGAACCGCGGCAGCGAGGUGAUCGCGGCGGGCAUGGUGGUGAACGACUGGUGUGCCUUCUGUGGGCUGGACACCACCAGCACGGAGCUCUCCGUCAUCGAGAACAUCUUCAAGCUCAACGAGGCCCAGCCCAGCACCAUCGCCACCAACAUGAGGGACUCCCUGAUUGACAGCCUGACAUGAGCAGCGUUGGUUCCGACUUCCCAGAAAGCUCCUAAGGAGUGAAGUGUUGAGCUGCACUGUGGAUCACAGGCAUUCAGACCUCCUGAUGAUAUUUCUGACCCAAGGAAGAGGCUGCAAAAUCAACUUUUUGUAGUGUUUUGUAAACUUAAGUAUUGACAAAUAACAUGCAUAAGAUACAAAUAAGGAAUGCUCUCUGUCCCUUU